AUGGCUGGUCAAUCAAAGGAGAUUUCGCCCUGGGGCAAAGCUGUCGCGGGCGCUACGGGCGCUGUGCUUGCUAACGCUCUCGUCUACCCGCUCGACAUCGUGAAAACAAAAUUACAGGUCCAGGUUCGGUCAAAUGAGAAAUCCAUCGACCCUGCCGACGCCCCCGUGUACGACUCGACCUGGCACGCCCUGUCCAGUAUUGUGUCCGAUGAAGGGAUUGAGGGCCUAUAUGCCGGGAUGAGCGGCUCUCUCCUAGGCGUCGCGUCAACCAAUUUUGCAUACUUUUACUGGUACAGCAUCAUCCGAGCUCUCUACAACCGGUCUGCGAAGUCGGCCGCCCCUCCCUCUACCGCUAUCGAGCUAUCUCUAGGCGCAGCCGCUGGUGCUAUUGCCCAGUUGUUUACCAUCCCUGUUGCUGUCGUGACAACCCGACAGCAGACCGCCGCUAAGGGAGAGCGCCGCGGGCUUAUCGCAACGGCCCGUGAGGUAGUCGAAGGGCCAGACGGAGUCUCUGGGUUGUGGAGGGGUCUGAAAGCCAGCCUUGUUCUCGUUGUCAAUCCUGCAAUCACCUAUGGUGCCUAUGAACGCUUGAAAGUUGUUUUCUUUCCGGGCAAGACCAACUUACGGCCUUGGGAGGCUUUUGUGCUGGGUGGCCUUUCCAAAGCUCUGGCUACCAUUGCUACUCAACCAUUGAUCGUUGCCAAAGUCGGUCUCCAAUCCAAGCCUCCCCCCGCCAGAAAUGGGAAACCCUUCAAGAGCUUCGGUGAAGUGAUGAAAUUCAUUAUCGACAACGAGGGCCCCCUGAGUCUCUUCAAGGGAAUUGGUCCUCAAAUUUUGAAAGGGCUUCUGGUCCAAGGAAUCCUGAUGAUGACAAAGGAGAGAGUGGAACUACUUUUUAUUCUCCUCUUCCGAUAUUUAAAAUCGCUCCGCCUCCAACAGCUGAAAAGUGCCGCUCAACGAGCGUCAACAAGCAUCGGAGACUCUGGGCUUGACCUAGCCUCCAAAGCCGAGGCUGCUAUAACGACAACGACGACAUGA